CUCACCUCACGCCUUCUCACAAAAGCAGCCGGCAAAGAGCAAGGAGAGCCCCCGCUGAUUCGCAAGCGAAUUCUCUGGCUGGUGUUCGUCACUUGUUCUCUGCUGCUGCUGCUGUGUGUGUCUGCUUAGAAAGAAGGAGAGGGAGAGAUGGCUUGCCCUGCGCAGUCCAUGCUCUCCGCCAGCGGCUGCAUCUUCCUGAGGAGCAAGCCUCAGGCGAGCCUCGUGCGAGGCGGCAUAAUCGGCGGCGUUAGCAGCAGCAGGCCGUUCCUGCUCUCGUGUAACGCUUCGUCGUCUCCGUCUCCUUCGUCGCCGCCACCGGCGCCGGCGCAGGAGGACUCCGACUGCAACGAGGUGGAGUGCGCUCCCGAGAAGGAGGUCGGGAGCCUGAGCGCCGAGUGGCUGGCGGAGGAGAGGACCAGGGUCGUCGGCACCUUCCCGCCCAAGAAGAGAGGCUGGACCGGCCUGAUCGAGAAGGACACCGCCGGCCAGACCAACAUCUACUCCGUCGAGCCGAUGGUGUACGUGGCGGAGAGCGCCAUCAGCUCCGGCGCGGCGGGCACGUCGGCGGAGGGGGCCGAGAACACGGCCGCCAUCGCGGCGGGGCUCGUCCUCAUCACCGUCGCCGCGGCAUCCUCCAUCCUCAUCCAGGUCAGCAAGAACCAGCCGCAGGUGGCGGAGGUCGCCUACAACGGCCCCCCGCUAAGCUACUACGUCGCCAAGUUCCAGCCGGCGCCCGCGCCCGCGCCGGCCGAGACCCUCGAGGCCCCCGCCCCUGCCGAGGCGGUCGAGGCUUCCGUGGCGGCACCGGAGGCAGAGCAGCUGUCCUCGUGAGCUGAUGUUGUACUUGUACCUCAAAAUUCAGUUUUGGGGCAGCUUACAGAUGAGCUUGUAGUGCAUGAUGAUGGAAGAUAUAUACAUGGUACUUGAGAGCAUUUCAGAAUUGUAUAAGUUUCGUGUAUAUAUACAAUGCGCUUAUAGUGCUUAUAUGAAACAUCACACGGCAAUCGCACAAACCAAGCAUAUUGUUCAGCU